CAGGAAGGCAGGCAGGAAGGCAAGCGCUGGGAGCGUGCCGCCGGCCCGACGCGCCUGUCAUGUUGGUCUUGCUGCUCUUCCAACUCGCCUGGGUGUCCCUGUUCCUCCCGAGCGGCCAGGGCAGGGUGUACCCCGGGAGGAAGAAGCCGGCCAGCUUUGCUGUGGAGAGGCGCCGCGUGGGGCCCCACGUUUGCUUUUCAGGCUUCGGCAGCGGAUGUUGCCCCGGGUGGAUGCUGUCCCCAGGCAGUGGGCAGUGCACCCUGCCGCUUUGCUCUUUUGGCUGUGGCAGCGGCUUGUGCGUCGCUCCCAACCUCUGCUCGUGCCCGGAUGGAGAGCAGGGCAUCACCUGCCCAGAGCUGCCAGGGACGUGCGGGGAGUAUGGCUGCGACCUCUCCUGUAACCACGGCGGGUGCCAGGAGGUGGCCCGCGUCUGUCCCCUCGGCUUCUCCAUGGUGGAGACGGCCAACGGCGUCCGCUGCACCGACAUCGACGAGUGCCUGAGCGCUGCCUGCGAGGGUCUCUGCGUCAACACCGAGGGCGGCUUCGUCUGCGAGUGCGGCCCCGGCAUGCAGCUCUCCGCCGACCGCCACAGCUGCCAGGAUACGGACGAGUGCCUGGCCACGCCGUGCCAGCACCGCUGCAAGAACAGCAUCGGCAGCUACCGCUGCUCCUGCCGACCCGGCUACCACCUCCACGGGAACCGGCACUCCUGUGUGGAUGUCAACGAAUGCCGGCGGCUGGGAGAGCGCCGAACCUGCCAGCACUCCUGCCACAACACACCGGGCAGCUACCUCUGCUCCUGCCGCCCCGGGUACCGGCUCAGCGGCGACAGAGUCUCCUGUGAAGCACUGUCUGUUCCUUCCUUUUUAGGCUACCCCAAAUCCAUCCUGGCCCCAUCGCCCAUCCUACAGUCCUUGCAGCAUCCGCCCACCCUCGUCCUGCUCCCCCCUGGCUCUGGGGGACCCCUUGUGCUCCCCAGGGGCUCCCCCUCACCCCACCUCCCUGCCUCAGCUCCUGGUACCCAAUUCCCUCCCUCCUCUCCUGCCCUGGCCACGGAGCCAUCCCCACAUGGUACCUCCACCCCACCGGCCCCUCGCUGUUGGUACCGGGGGGCCUCCCGGGAGCCUGGCGCUCGCUGGACGGAGCCGGGGUGCCGGAGCUGUACCUGCCAGGGGGGACGGGUGCUCUGCGAGGCCGUGAGCUGCCCCAUAACCUGCUCCCACCCACUGCCCGCCCCGGCUGGGGGCUGCUGCCCCAGCUGUGCAGGCUGCUUGCAUGAGGGGGUGGCCCGGGCUGAGGGUGACGUUUUCUCCCCAUCUGAUGGGAACUGCACUGUCUGCGUCUGCCUGGCUGGUAACAUCUCCUGCAUCUCCCCGGAGUGCCCCCCGGGCUCCUGCCCCAGCCUCUCACCAGUCGACUGCUGCUCCUGCCAACCAGCAAAGUGCAGUUUUCGGGGUCACACGUACGCACACGGCGCCCGGUUCAGCCUGGAAGGGGACGAUUGCACCAUCUGCGUCUGCCGGGGUGGCGAGGUGGAGUGCUCCUUCACCCCGUGCCCUGUGCUGGAUUGCCCACUGCACCAGCGGCAACUGGGCCCCGGGCAGUGCUGCUUCACUUGCCGGGACCCCCCAGCCCCCGCCGGUUGCUUUGUGGACGACAACGGGGUGGAGUUUCCCAUAGGACAGAUCUGGUCUCCGGGCGAUCCCUGUGAGUUAUGCAUCUGCCAGGCAGACGGCUCGGUGAGCUGCAAGAGGACGGAUUGCGUGGAGACCUGUCCCUACCCCAUCCGCAUCCCCGGGCAGUGCUGCCCCGACUGCUCGGCAGGCUGCACCUACAUGGGAAGGAUCUUCUACAACAACGAGACCUUCCCCUCCAUCCUGGACCCCUGUCUCAGCUGCAUAUGUCUGCUGGGCUCGGUGGCCUGUUCGCCUGUGGACUGUGCCAUCUUCUGCACCUACCCUUUCCACCCCGAGGGCGAGUGCUGCCCCGUCUGUAACGACUGCAACUACCAGGGUAGGAAGGUGGGGAAUGGCCAGACCUUCACCCCCGAGGGACAGCCCUGCACCCGUUGUACCUGCCAGCUCGGGGAGGUGAGCUGUGAGAAGAGGCUGUGUCCCCGCUCCUGCGCAGAGCUCGCCGCGCUGCCCGCUGCCUGCUGCCCCCCCUGCCAAGCUGCAGAUGUCCAGCUCCCGCUGCAGAGCAGUGACCUGUCCUUGUCCCCAUCCCACCAGGACUCACCCACCGUCCCCCACAGCCCCCCAGCAUCAACCCGGACCCCCCGCCACCGCCUGGCCCAGCUCCUGCUCCCCACCACAGCCCCUCUCGGCCCCUCUCCGGGGAGUACAGGGGGUGGGGAGCCCCCUCCAACCACGCUGAGCCCUCCCGGGCACCCACCGACAGCCACUUUGCCCUCAGAAACCUGCUCUGAGGCCGCAGCCCCCCCAGCUCCCACAGGCACCCCCAGCUUGAGCCCCGAGCCUCAGGGACCCACCGGGGACACGGACCCCUCGCCCGUGUCACCGGCCAGCGCGGAGAGCCCCGGGGGACAUGCAGCUCCCUAAGGGCUCAGAUGCCAUGCGUGCCUGGCAGGGGCUGAGCAAGAGGAGGAUGAAGAAGGGGAUGAAGGAGGAGAGGAAGAGGAGGAAAGAGGGGGUUUACAGGACCAGCAGGCCUGGCCCACCAGGCCCCCGGGGUGGUGGGUGGCUGGGGAGGGGGGUGCUAAGCAGGCCAGGGUGGGCAACAGCAUCCCCACUCCCACGGGUGCGUCCCCGCUCCCACGGGUGCAAACCCACUCCCACGGGUGCACGGGCACCAUCCGUCUCUCGGGCAGAGGCUGCAUGGUCCCCAUCUGCCCUGGGGUUCUGGGGUCCCCCAGCCCCUCACUGCCCCACUGAGGCAAGACUAUGGGGCAGGAUCAAACCCCACCACCCCCUCCUCUGCCUUGCACGUCCCCGGCUCUCUGGGUGCAAGGAUGUGGGGCUGGGAGAUGCUCCUGGCCAGGCUUGGGGGUCCCCAAGCCAGGCCCCCCAGUUGCAGCACAUACCCCUCCCCAGGGUGGGUGCUGCAACUGGGGUGGGGAGGGGAUGAGUUGCCCUCCCUGCCACCAAUAAAGUCACCCUGGUAUUUA